AUGCCAUGUAAAUGUAGCGGUCUUAAGGUUCUUGGCAGAGUUAUGGGAGUUCAUGUCACCAACCAAUUAUGGGCGGUUCGAGUGUUGAACAGCUGGGCAGACAAGCGGAACAGGGAAGCGAGCGCCUCGUCAAGCAACCAGGACCUGAAGCCCGUGCCGACUAACUGGGCUGCCAUGACAGUAGAGCAGCUGGACCAUUGGCUGAGCCAGAUGGUUAGCGAGGUGCGGCGGGACGAUGGACAGUACUACCCAUACAACACACUGUACCUCAUGUUAACUGGGGUUAAUAGAUAUCUCCGGAAUGACUGCGAUCGGAAGGAUGUCAACAUUCUCGUUAAAGAUAACGGCAGAUUCCCCCAACUGCGACAAGCCAUGGAAACGCAGAAGAAGCUGUCCAUCGAACGCGGCAUCGGACAGCAGGAGGAUAGGAGACGACACAACACAGAGCUUUUCCCUCACGGCAUGGAAGCUCGCCUGUGGGAGUCCAAGGUAUUCAGUCUCGAAAAAGAUCUCAGUAUCUCCUACGCCGUGUUCUACUACACGACAAAGUUGUUUGGCGUGAGCAGUGGUGAGGAACACCACAGCCUCGUCGCAGAACAGUUCUCCUUGGGCUGUGACAGUGUGGGAAGGUUUGUGGCAUUCAACAGGCUCGGCAAGAAGAGUAAGACGACAAAAGUGUACGCACUUCCAUCGGAUCCGUUCUGUCCGGUACUUUUGUACGAAGUCUACCUCGGGUAUAUCCCGCCAACUGGUCCAUUGUAUAGAAGGCUUCAGAGGGAUCCAGAGGGGAGGAUGUACUUCGGACCACCUGUCGGGAAAAACUCGCUAGCAACGUAUCUCAACAAUAUCAAGAGACUCGGGUACUCUCAGGGCAACCUUAGACCCAGCUCAACUGGACCUUACCUCACUGGGCCCCACCUUACAGGCCCCCACCCCACUGGGCCCCACCCCACUGGGCCCCAGCCUACCUGUAGUACCGCAGCAGACUUCAGCCUAGAGAACAGCCCUUUGUUAGACUCUGGGGAAGUGGCUAAGAGACACCACAGCCAGUCAACAGACGGGUCUGAAUGCAGCACAGAGCCGUCACCCAAGAGGAUUCAUACGUGGAACUUUGACCAGACGUUGUCUUCCUACUCACCACUCAAUCAGUCUUGAUCCAUUUGUUUAGGUACAAGUCGUGUGAAUAUCCAAAUGUGUGUUUGUGACAUUAUACAGGUACUAUUUAAACUUAUACUGUUGGAGAUUUGAUAUUCUCUCUAUCUCUAUUUCUCAAACAUAGCAAUACAUGUGAUUAG